AUGUCCACCACCUCUGCUCCCGCCUACUCCGGCAUCGCGAUCGUCGGUGGCGGUCUCGGCGGUCUGGCUCUACUCCUCACCCUCUCUCGCCGCGGCGUCCCCGCCACCCUCUAUGAACGCGACACCGACGCCGCCAGUCGCGCUCGGCUCGGCGGCUCCCUCGACCUCGGCUACGAGAGCGGGCAGCGUGCCCUGCGCGAGAACGGCCUCGAAACCGCCUUCAAGAAGUACUCUCGCGAGGAGGGCGACGCCAUGAAGAUCUGCGACGCCGCCGGCACCGUCGUAUUCGACGACUCCCACUUCGGGCCCCGCACGAGCGACACCCACCGGCCCGAGAUCGACCGCGCCGACCUCCGCCAGAUCCUCGUCGACGCCUGCCCCGCCGCCUCGAUCCAGUGGGGCCACUCCCUCCUCGAGGUACGGCCCCUCGACGACGGCACGGGCCGCCACGAGCUCGUCUUCGCCGACGGCGCGCGCGCGGUGCACGACUACAUCGUUGGUGCCGACGGCGCGCACUCGCGCGUCCGCCCGCUCGUCUCGGCCGCGGUCCCGGAGUUCACCGGGGUGAACGGCGCGGAGUUCUACCUCACCGCGGAGACGAUGGCGCUCCCCGCGCUCGCCGCCGCGCGCGCGUUCGUCGGCGAGGGCACCGUGAACGCGCUGCAGGCCGGGCGGAUGUUCGCGCUGCAGGCGAACGGCCGCGGGCGGAUGCGCGUGUACGCGUGGUUCCGCGGCCCGGAGGCGUGGACGCUGCCCCACGAGCCCGCGGCGGCGCGCGCGGCGAUCCGGGAGAUGUACGCCGGGUGGGCGGGCCCGCUCUUCCUCGACGUGCUCGAGCACGCGGACGAGCAGACGAUGUUCCACCGCCCGCUGUACCGGCUGCCGAUCGGGCACACCUGGGAGCACAGGGCGGGGGUGACGCUCGUCGGCGACGCGGCUCACAUGAUGAGCCCGUUCGCGGGCGCGGGCGCGAAUCUCGCGUUGCUGGACGGACUGGAACUCGGGCUGGUGCUGGUGGAAGAGCUCGGGAAGGGCGCGAGUGGCGACGUCGAGGGAGCGGUGAAGAAGUUGGAGGAGAAGAUGCUCGCGAUGGCCGGCCGGGUUGCGAAGAAGACGCAGGAGAACUUGGAGGCGUUCAUUCACGACAACGCUCCUCAGUCGGUGGUCGAGAGGUUCAAGGUGAUGAUGGCUGGUCCGCCUCGCGAGGGUUAG